AUGCUCGACUUGAGUCUGCGACUUCCUCACCCGCCGGUCCUUCUCUACAAUGUGGAUACCGCGGAGCCAACUGCUGUUCCCAUAACGGUCGAUUGGACCGAAGGGGCCGAAUCGAUCGGCGGACUUAGAGCUGUCUGGCAAGUGACAAGACAACGAAAAGUCCGUGACAAAUGGGAGGUAGCCGAGGUUCUAGAGAGCUUGCUGUUCGACGUCUGUAAUGGAAGUCCAGCUCAACCUCCAGGCGUCACGGCACCUUCCAAGACCCUCUCUGUCUUUCUUACACUUCCCUCCUCCCUUCCGCCUACAUUCUCAACCGACUUCGAGCGCGUUCGUCAUACAGUCUUUCUGGCGGCGCUCCGACCGAGCCCCCAGUAUGCUGCAUCCGCCAAGGAUGUGACAUACAGUCGCGAACCAAGGUCCAUAUUCGGUCGAUGGGGUAAGCGCAAGACCUCUGACGACAUACCUUCCGAGCUGUUACCCAAUAUUGGCGUGGUCGAGAAACAGAUCAAAGUCGUAUCUCCUCUUGAACCAAAGGGAACCUCGCCCCGCGCACAGAUCAUCGCAAGGGAAGAUAUUGAUGGCCUAGGUGCCAUGAUGUUUUUCCUCUACACAGAAUUUAUGUGCGCCGGUAGCGGGUUUUUCACAUGCUGUCGUUUUGAAGAGCUCAACCCAUUUGCGACAGUAUACACCGUCACCAUUUCAUUGGAGCAGUGUAUCACUGUGGGAAAAGAUGUUCAUGUCGAUCGCUACAUGCUACAAUCGUGGGAGUGUGCCGCGAAUUGCUCUCUUGGAUACCUCUGGCGUGGAAUCGAGGCGAAAAACAAGGCCGCUGAAGGUUCGGGGCAAGGUCAUUCUGGCAGCGGGCCGAAUGAGCUGCACUUGAACGGGGCACCGAGACUGCCAUCACCUGCACUUGGUCUUACGUCCACAUCUGGCAUCAACAAUUCCGACCUUGCCCCAGUCACCCAUCGUCUCAUCCUGGAGACAACCUAUACCACUCUCGAAAACGGUAUCGAAAGUUCCAAGCGCGUUCACCUUGUGAAACACAGACUAUCGCUUUCCGACUGCUCCUUGACACCUUCCACGGUCAAUAUACCAAAAUACGACUCUCAGCACCUCAAUCCAGACCCUGAAAAAUAUCUCGAGCCUUACAAUCAGCUCACCGGCCCACCGAGCCUAGCGGUCAAAAGGGUCACUUUCACUUUACGUGAAGGCAUCAGGUUUGGCGUACCUCUUAUUCGCCAGAGAGUCUCUGCGGAUAUUAUUAGGGAGCAUCAAAUCGAGACAAACUCUUUCUGCAUGUGCUUUUUCGAGAGCGCGACGAACUAUCCUCCACCGGGAUCUGGUCUGAAUCUGACAGAUACAAUGUUACUCGCACCAGCAUGGGACGAUCAGGACGCAAAUCAUCUCAACGAUUAUCUCGAAAACAUCAGGGCCGACAUUCGUCGAGCAUGGAGGCAAAAUCAUCCUGAGGCCCGGCAAUUCAUCCCGGGCUUUCUGUAUUUCAUGGUCUCUCAAUGUCCUUGUGGUCAGAUAGACUAUGACCGGCGAUCUGUGCGAUCAGAUCAAAGAGCAAAGGUGGUUUACGACGCGACAUCUGGUCAGGAUCUCACAUGA